AUGUCAACUGAAAACGAAGACGCUAUCAAUGAAGAAAUCAUUGAUGAGAAGCCUGAGGCAUUUGAAGAUGAACAAGUCGUUAAUCGGUCGGAGUAUGUAGCGGUUGUGGACCCUACUGGAGAAGUAAUGGAGUUGCCCCUCAACCCUGACAAUACCUUGUAUUUGUCAACUUUGCAAAGUAGUCUUACUGCUGAAGCCACAGGGCUGAAAUACAAGAAUCCCAAAACGGGAGCCAGUCGUGCGGUCGCUGUUGAUCCUACUGGAACGAAGUUCCUCGCACCUGCUGAUGGCUGGGAAGAGAAAGUGUUUAGAGUGAUCUUGGCUGUACCAUCAAGAGGUUCGGAAGUGAGUGUGAAGAGACGGAAGAUGGGCGACAGUGACGGUGAGGAAGACUCCGAUGGUGAGGGACGACAUGGGAGAAAGAGGCUUCUGGAGAGUGGACCUAGUUCUUCAUUGGGAGAAAGAAGACCAGUCGACCUAAUUGUAUUGGGUGUCAAUUUCAAGACAACUGACGAAACGUUCAAAACCUAUUUUGAGCAGUUCGGAAAUGUUGUCUUUGCCGAGAUUAAACGUACUUCUGAUGGCAAUUCCAAAGGUUUUGGUUUUGUUCAAAUGGGAUCUCUUGAGGAUCAAGAGAAGGUUUUGAAUCAAAGCAACCAUAUGCUUGAUGGUAGACGCUGUGAAGUAAAAAUCCCUGAAACAAGAAUUGAUUAUCCCGGAACUCCUGCUGGAAGACCAGGAAGGUUCCCUGUGAAUAAAAUCUUCAUUGGACGUCUUAUCAGUAAAAUUACUGAUAGCACCUUAAGAGAUUUUUUUGAAGCUGAGGCUCAAAAAAUUAGCGAUAAAGCUAAAGUCAUUGAUGUUUUCAUUCCAAAGCCUUUCCGUGGAUUCGGCUUCGUUACUUUCUCAAAUGCUGAUGUUGCCGAGAAGAUUUGCAGUGUCAGUAACUAUGUAAUAGAAGGAACUUCCAUUGGAGUGAGCUUGGCUAUUCCAAGAGACGAAACCAACUCCAUGAACUCACCACACAACGACUUUGGUUACCCGUAUGGGUAUAGCAAAGGUAGUCCAGCCUUUAACUCCUUCCCUUCGUCUUUCCCGGAGUACGGGUAUCCUAAUCCAUCGGGACCACCGCCACCAAUGCACCAUCAUCGAGGAUACAACAAUGGUUGGGGUUCAAGCAAUACCCCUCCACGUCCAUCACAUAUCAGAAAUUGGUUCCGAAAAACCUAA